AUGGGGGCCCACAACGCUACAAGCAAUGGGACCACGGCAUCACCGCCAAAGACGCUCGAAGGCAAGGUGGCACUCAUUACCGGAUCCGGCCGCGGUAUCGGCGCUGGCGUAGCUCGUGAGCUGGGUGCGCGAGGAGCAUCGGUCGUCGUCAACUACCGAGGCAGCGCUGAGGCCGCUGAGACCCUGGCCAAAGAGAUCGAGGCUGCCGGCAGCAAAUCGAUUGCCGUACAGGGUGAUAUCGCCAACGUGGAGGAUAUCAAGACACUUUUCGAGAAGGCGAAGGCACACUUCGGCAAGAUCGACAUCGUGGUGUCCAACUCUGGCGUCGAGCACUUCGGCAAACUGGACGAAGUAACACCCGAAGAAUUCGACAAAGUGUUCGCCGUGAACACUCGUGGUCAGUUCUUCGUCGCCCAGCAGGCGUACAAGCACCUAGAGGACGGCGGUCGAUUGGUCCUAAUGUCGUCGAUCUCGGCGCACAAUUCGAUCAAGGAGCACGCCCUGUAUGCCGGCAGCAAGAACGCCGUCGAGGCUUUCGCCAAAAACUUUGCAAAGGACUUCGGCCCAAGGCGCAUCACCGUAAACACCAUCGCUCCCGGGGGUGUGAAGACCGACAUGGCCAACGAUGUGGGGUGGAAGUACCUGCCCAACGCCGAUGAGACAUGGACAUGGGAACAGGUAGAGACAGUGGUCUCCAAAUGGACGCCGCUCGGUCGCAUAGGCCUGCCACAGGAUAUUGCCCGCGUAGUGGCUUUCCUCGUCGGACCUGACGGCUACUGGAUCAAUGGUCAGAAUAUCACGAUCUCUGGCGGUGCCGGUGGUUAG